CCCAAUACGUGUAAAUUAAUUGGUUUACGUGAAAGUUAUAGCGUUUACAAAUGGCGGGAAAGAUACUGGGAUUUUUAGUUUUUUUUUAUACUAAUAAUGGCGGCGAUCAGCGACUUAUGGCGGCGAUCAGUGACUUAUGGCGGCGAUCAGCAACUUAUGGCGGGACUCUGUGCUGUCUGUCACUGAUUGCCGCCGAUUGCCGGGAGAUAGCCAGUAACGGCCGGCUAUGACCCGGCGACUGACAUCCGCGACUUAUGGCGGCGAUCAGUGACUUAUGGCGGCGAUCAGCGACUUAUGGCGGGACUGCGGCAGACAUUCUGACAUUGGGGGGGUACUGACUUGGGGUCACUGACAUCCCCAGUGACACCAAUACAGUGA